GGCGCGGCGCUUGUCUCGGGUGGUUGCCCGCCGAACCCGCGCACGUUUCACGCACGUUUCACCGGGGACGCCGAGUGUUUCCCGUGCCCGCAACACAAAAGCCCCAGUUCUCGUCGGAACACGAACGCACGCGAUGCGCGCUCUGUGUUGUCUGUAACGUCAGUGAGCUCGCGCUGGCUCCCAAGGCCCAGCCUGCUGCGCUCCGGGAUGGUUUUGCUCCCCGAAGCGCAGUCCCGGGCGGGCAGCCGACGGGUCGCCUCCCCCUGUGACACAGCCCCGCUCCACAGGGAGCGAGCGCAACCCGCCGCACCCGCAGCGCGGCCGUGUGAGCUCAGCCCCGCUCUGACGUGGGUCCACAGGCAGAAAAGCUCUGGCGUGACCGGAACAGCGACUGCAGUAAGCGGCGGAGGCUCCGCCUGGGAGGCGGGAAACGCGAAGCAGCCGCCGCAGCUACUUUUAUCCCUAGCGGGCCACCGUCGGGCGCUGAGCCUGCUCACCGCUGCCGCCCGCGUUCCACGGGCACAGAGCGGAAGGAGUCGCUACGGGAAGGCGUCACUUCCGGGCGGCGGCGGCGGGGCGCGGGGAGCACUAUGCCCAAGUUUUAUUGUGAUUACUGUGACACGUACCUCACCCAUGAUUCGCCCUCUGUGAGAAAAACCCACUGCAGUGGCCGAAAACACAAAGAGAAUGUGAAAGACUACUAUCAAAAAUGGAUGGAGGAACAAGCUCAGAGCCUGAUUGAUAAAACAAUAGCGGCUGCAUUCCAGCAAGGGAAAAUCCCACCGACCCCCUUCUCGGCACCGCCUCCCGCUGGAGCCAUGAUCCCACCUCCUCCCAGCAUCCCUGGCCCUCCACGGCCUGGCAUGAUGCCAGCCCCUCACAUGGGUGGACCACCAAUGAUGCCAAUGAUGGGCCCACCCCCACCAGGAAUGAUGCCAGUUGGACCUGCUCCAGGGAUGAGGCCACCCAUGGGAGGACACAUGCCAAUGAUGCCAGGGCCUCCAAUGAUGAGACCACCCUCCAGGCCCAUGAUGGUGCCAACCAGGCCGGGAAUGACCCGUCCAGACAGAUAAAGGUGGACAUGGAGCUGCCUUUUCAAGUUACAAUCUUGCAUUUGAUAAAGUACCAUAGACCUGUGUCCCUAGGAGUUUGUAUUAAAACAGUGUGUAGAUGAGAUCUGCUGUUACUUCAGAGUGCAGGUGCUUUGGCCUAAAUGCACACUGGACUGAUGCUUUUGGACAUGGUCUGUUUUCUCUGAUGGUUUCUUUGUGUUUUUCCCCUCCCAUUGGAUUGUAAAACACAGCAAUAAAACGUUGAUGCUGUUUUA